AUGGUGCUUGGCAGGAGAGCAGGAUGGGUGUUGUAGGGCAGUCCCUGGCUGUGUUUGGAGCUGUGUUCUUCUGGGGGUUGCUUGGUCCCCUUGUUUUGUUUGCAGGGACUUGGAGUAGCCCUUUGGCUGACCCUGGCUUGCUGGCAUGUGGCAGAGGGAGUUUGCAGCUCACCUUUCCUCCUGGCUGGGAAGGGAAUGUUUCCUUUGUGCUGACUGCUUGGGAUACUGAGGGUAAGGCACAUGCUCUGCAGAAUGAUUCUGGCUGUGGUCUCUGGGUGUCUGAGGCUUCAGAUGGCUCCAGGGUAGUGUCAGUUUCCUACACCAGCUGCUAUGUCUUCAGAUGGGAUGGAAAUUACUUCAUAAUUUUUGGGCUAGAAGGGACAGAUGCUGCUGGACAAAAAGUUCUUCAUGAAGAGAAGCUCUUCUCAUGCCCUGCAGACCUUCCUGCUCUGGAUGCUCCUAGCAGCAGUGUCUGUUCUGCUGUCCACAUUCAGGACCGGCUGUCCUGUGCCUCCUUACCCGUUAGCCAGGGAGACUGUGAAGAGCGAGGCUGUUGUUAUAACCCCAGGGACAAAGAGAAGACGUGCUAUUAUGGUAACACAGUGACAGCACACUGCUCACCAGAUGGCCAGUUUUCCAUUGCUGUCUCUCGAGAUGUGACCCUGCCACCUGUUGCCCUGGAUUCUGUGCAUCUGGCCAGUGGGCGCGUUGCUGGCUGCAUCCCUGUAGUGAAAAACAAUGCCUUUGUUGUGUACCAGUUCCCACUCUCUGCCUGUGGCACUACUUUUCAGGUGACUGGAGAUCAGGCCAUAUAUGAGAAUGAGUUGGUGGCAUCCAGGGAUGUGAAGACAGGGAGCCUUGGUUCUGUCACUAGGGACAGCACUUUCAGGUUACACGUCCGCUGUAGCUUUGCCAUCACUGGGAGUUUUGUCCCCUUGAGCGUUCAGGUCUUCACAUUGCCACCACUCCCUGCUGUCUCCCAGCCUGGUCCUCUGUCCUUGGAGCUGCGUGUUGCCUCAGAUGAAAGAUACAGUUCCUACUACACUGCCAGUGACUACCCCAUUGUGAAGGUUUUGAGAGACCCUAUUUACAUAGAAGUUAGAAUCCUUCAGAGGACAGACCCUGACCUGGUUCUAGUACUGCACCACUGCUGGGCCACACCAAGUAUCAAUCCUCAUCAACAGACACAGUGGCCUGUCCUGGUGAAUGGGUGCCCUUAUGCAGGAGACAACUAUCAGACACAGCUGGUACCUCUGAGUACUGCCUCAGGACUACUGUUUCCAUCACACUACCAGCGCUUCACCUUCUACACAUUUACCUUUGUGGACUCAGCUUCCCAAGAGUUGCUCUCUGGGCUGGUGUACCUGCACUGCAGUGCCUCAGUGUGCCACCGGUCUGUGCAGGAGUCCUGCACCACCACUGUUUGUCCUGCUAGAAUCAGAGGUAGAAGGAGUGCUGAGCAUACCCUUAAGGAUGGUCCCUCCCGGGUUUCCAGCAAAGGCCCUGUUAUUUUCCUGCAGGAUGAGUUAAGACAAGUAGCUGAUGUGAAUGAUUUCAGAGCAGCUCCAGCCACCUGGACUCUGGGUUUUGCUGCUGUGGCUGCUGGGGCAGUGCUGAGCAUGGUGCUGGUGGCUGCUGUGCUGUGGUGGAGAAAGUGAUCUCACUUGUUACAGGCAUCUGUGUUGCAAUAAAGUGGUUCCCAAACA